AAAUCGAUUUUUUUAUUCAAUAUUUGGUUUUAGGUCAAAACUGAGAAAGAAAAGCAAAUAUUAAACCUUUUUAUUUCUCUGUGUGACCACAAGAGGUGGGUGUCGUCAUCUUCUUCGGGCCUUCACCUUUCCUGCUUCAACAACUGAAGAAGAGAUUGUUCUGUUCCUGAAGAUUUGUCUUUCCUACCUUAGGAAGGCAGUGGAGGUGAAUAUAUAGCAGGAGUCCUCUUGGAAGAUUUCCAAACCAGAGGACAUGUUCUGCUCAACUUUCUUUUAAUACGAUGGUUUACAAGAAUCGUGAGUGGAUGCAAUUCAAAAAAGCUGACCCCAGGUACAAGAUCGGCGUAAAACAGUUUCUAGAGUUCGCUUUUUCACAAAAAAGCAUGCAUGACAUGGUUCCUUGUCCAUGUAUGAAGUGCAAUAAUGAAAGGAGGAAGGGUAGGGAUGAAAUAGAACUGGAUUUGAUUAAACACGGAAUUGUUAAGAAUUAUACACGCUGGUUGCGGCAUGGGGAAAGCAUUGAGGAGUGGACAGAUCAUAACAAUAACAAAGAUGCAUCAAAUGAAUUUACAGAGCAUGCAUCUAUGUCUCCAAUGCUACAUGAUGCAUUUAAGAUGCCGAGGGAGAAUGGUGCAGAUGAUGGUGAAGCUAAUGCCAGUGAGUCCAGAGAUCCUACAGAAGUAGCGAAUAACUUCUACAAGUUGAUGGAUGACCUUGAGUUAGAGCUAUAUCCAGGUUGCAAGAAAUUCUCAAAGUUGUCAUUCUCGCUUAAGCUACUCCACAUAAAGUGUUUAUGCGGAAUAAGUGACAAAGGCAUGGUCAUGCUCCUUGAACUAUUUAAAGAUGCAUUGCCUGAGGGUAACACAUUGCCAGACUCAUAUUAUGAAGCUCAAAAAAUUAUAAAGAGCCUAUCUCUCAAGUCCAAAUAAGCUCAGCUCACCUGCGGUUUGUUCGGUAAGGGGGUAGGCGGUGACUAAGAUAUUGAGCUCAGCUCAAGUCCCCAAGAACGAGAUUGGGAAUCACUGGGAUGAAUAUACAUGUUGAUGCUUAAUACCUAAUUUAUGGGUCUUGCUUAAGUGACAGUCUAGAUCUUUGUUUCAAAAGUAGUGUUGGCUAAAAAACAAUUGAUGCUAUUUUUUUUAUAUUAGUCCAUCGAGACAUCGAGUACAAGAGUUAUUAAAUAUUUAAAUGUUCAAAACUUAAGAGUGGCCUUUAGGGAUUGUUAGCGUAUGAUUAAUGUUUGGCCUAUGUAUGAAAAAAUUCAUAUAUGAAUUUAAUAUACAUUGGCUCCAUCUCCAUUAUCUGAGAUUAUAUAUAUAAAGGCUUUAGAUUAAGUAAAAA